AUGUACAUUUUUUUUUUAUUCGAGUUGAAGUGGGGAGUGUUCAUUAUUGGAUGCAUAGAUAUGAUCCUGAGCAUUUUUUGCGGAUGGUGGUUACCAUGGAUUCCGCGACGAGCGGAGGAUGAUUUCUAUUUGAUGACAGCUCCCUCAACCCAAAAGUGGUGGAGAGAAACUUACAUUGAGACUUACUACAAUAGGUUUGGCUACACAAUGUAUGUCUUCCUGUUGGUGGUCCUAGUCCUUCACGUUGGAUCGUGUAUACUUCUGCUGGUCUCCGCAAUUUGGGAGGCAAAAGAGUGGGCUGCUCCCUAUUUGGCCACUGCCAUAAUGCGUUUCGUUGUGUUGCUUCUAAUUUUAUGUUGGAUAGUCAGCAAGUCGUAUGAUUGCACCACUAGUUAUUGGUUUAUCGGCUUAAGUCUUUUCACAUUUCCCUACUUUUGGCUAACAGUCGUUUCGUGGUAUAAUCCUUUUGAAUAACUGAUAUAUUUUAAAUGUUCUUAACCUAUUACAAAUUUUUUAAAAAUCAAUCAAUUUCGAA